AUGCCGUUAGACGUGCGGUAUGCGCUCAAGAAGGAGGUUUUCACUGAUUUCCACUGGGCUCUUCAAUCGGCCUCGACAAUGCCAACACCCUCCUCAAAGACAAGGACGAUCCAGCUAACCGGCCUCUGCUCCCCCAAGGACGCCACACACACAGCGUGUAUCUUACUAGACGGCCUACCUGACUGUGUCACCCCCCCUCAUGGCGUUGACCGCGACGACGACGACGACGGUCCUCGGCUCUUCCUUCAUUACGACCAAGAUCUUGCUUCACUCACCGUCGGCGCACUGAUGGAACGCCUCCAUCAGGAACUUCAACCUCUCAUUCCCGCCGCUUACCGAGCUGCGACAAGCCGCUACAGCCUCCCGAUGGAAAUAGCCAAGGCGGACGAUCCGAAGAGCCUCAAGUCGUUUUUCCACCUAAUGCCUGUCCAUCCUCGCGCAUUGGUGAAAAAGCUACUUCACGAACCAGGUCCAGAGGCAAAUAGACUGUUGGUGAUGGACUUCAGAAAUACAGGAACCGUCAGCGCAGAAACCCUGCUACAGAGGACUUUCAAGGGUUACGCACUAACCAACCGAACAACGACGGGAAGUACAUCCUGUGCUGCGGGUCGCGUUCCAAGGGUUGUUUCGCUAUGGACGAAUUUCCUCUCGGACGUGCAGGGUUUUGAAAAGCGACCGGCAAUUUGCGCCCCGCACCGCACCCUUUUUGAGGAUGUACAACCCAAGAAGCACAGGAUCGUCAGCCAGGAAAGCACCAUCGAAGGGCUGCUUGACAAUGAAAGCUUUCAGGUGUUCAACAACCUAGCAGCUGGUGCACCUCUUUGGGCGGGCACUCGGCAGCUUGCAACGUGCUUUGGACAGCCUGACCGAACGAUUACCGAUUGCUUGUACACGCUGCUGCCAAUCGAAGUGGAGCCGACGUCUAUCAUUGCAGAAGGAACCGACUUGUUGGAAGAAAUCAACAGCACCUUAAAAAUGCUCUACAAAGUCGUGAAGGCAAAAGAUCACCGUUGGAUCAAGUUAUCAUUGACGGAGCGCCAACGAUGGGAGGAAAUUGUGCGCAGUUCUCCGGCAUCGAAAGCUUUCACACAAACUUAUGGCUACUCGUGUGCCAACAAAACUCGAUACGCCAUCCUCACUAACGGCAUUGACUGGUGGUUCAUUGAGCGGUCAAAUCAAUGCGUGGGGGACGUGCAAGUGACUCCUUCCAUUAACAUUAAAAGCACAAACCCAACGGUCGCACAAUGCUUGAACUACAUUGCCAAGCGGGCGUUGGAAACUCCUGGAUGCCCGUCGCCCUCUGAUCCGACACCCUUUCCUCCACCCUCCUUCAAGUCACAGUUCCCACACCAAACCCGCCCGCUGCUUCUUCCGCCUGACAGCCAUGCCCCUGCAGUUUUGCUGCUUCCAGACGACACCGAACAGUUUUUUGACGACGGGGACGUGAGUGGGCUAGAAGACACUGUCAAAGGGUUACACGGCAGCACUUCAAGAGCUGUCGUCUUUGGGAUUACAAUGGCUUUGAAAGUUGUCGACUUAUACAAAAUGAAAGACGGACUUGCUCCGCUUGAGAAUGAACUGGCAUGCUACCAGUACAUGGCAAAACUUAAUGGAACUGUUGCCCCGCGGCUGACCAGCUUUGGUAUGUUGGGGAACGGUGCAUUCCCGGUACUUGGUACCGAGUGGAUUGAGGGUCAUCCACUGAGCAAAAAGGAUUCUGCUCUCUUCCCGGAAGUACGAAAGGCAUACCGCAAUCUCCACUCCUUGUACAUCAAGCAUGGCGAUGUAGCCAGCCGCAACAUUCUGGUGUCCAAUGGCAUGGUCAAGCUUGUGGACUUCGCUCAGGCUACCAUUUUGGAAAAGGAACAAGUCGCACGUGGCGAACUCAACAGGGAGAUGGAAGCUGUUGAGGCUCUCCUGUGCAAGCUCAGUCCGAUGCCGCAAGACUCAGCCACUAGAAUCCCCUUACACAAAAUGUGUUGUCUGGAGUAGGACAAAUGUCUUUGUUACAGUUGCUUGGACCUUUUUGGCUUAUCCAUGAAAUGCUACGUUAAGCUGAUGCGUUCAAUACAUGUAGAACAUAUCCCAGAGCAAUUCUCCUAACCAUUGUGGAGUCCAGGCUUUUGCAUAAGGAAAUCAGGACUCACUGUCCGAUUCUGCAGGUAACAAUCUUGACAAGACUUCUACACUACAUAGGAGAAGGCUCAUGACCUAAAGAGGCACUCA